AUUGGAUCUUUAAUUCCUAAUAGCUAUUAUCCAAAGAAAAGUUAAUAAAUUCCAAAGAUGAGGGAUUACCACACUCAUAAAAACUAAUAAAAUACUAAUACAAUUAAUAAACUAUUGGAUAAAAUUCUGUAAUAUAAUCAUAUAUUGGUUAAUAGAAUUGGAGACUCUAUGAGAGAUUAAUUCUUUUUAGAAUACUGUGAGAAAUGUGGAUCUGGCUGUUAUACUUCAGCAUAUCUUAUAGAAGUCAAAUGCAUUUUAAACAUGAUGAUAAAACUCCAUCAAAGAAUAAAUUUCACAAAAACUAACUUAAGAGUUAAUAAGGGAAUCGGGGCUAAAAGCUCAAAACUUAGUACAAUUAAAUAAGAUGAAAAUUAAAUUAAUUAUUGA